GGUGAGGAAAUGAUGACAGCCAUAAAAGCUGGACUGAUGAUCGACGGCCAAGCAAGAGUGGAUCGCGAGCGAGGAACAGGCUGAGCAAAAGCCGGCCUUGAUCUCGACACAGGCAGUGAGGAACCUGUUCUGUCCUACCCAGACGUAACUUUCCUGUCACUUUCCUGGAUAUCGACCGGCCAGGACGGUCCGCAGAGCGUACAUAUUCGUCCGUAAGGGCGGUGACGGUAGUGCUAAAUUAUUUUGCUUAGGUUCUGUCAUGAAUAAGGAAACGGAACAUCGUGGAUAGAAAGCAGCCCUCCAUCUGGUGGCGAUUGGCCCAACUGUGGGAAGCUGCUACCCCUGUGCCUCGCCCCAGCAGCCGCCCAGCCCCGUUGAAGCCUCCCGCCCCCCUUGCAGCAGCACGCACGGGCGGCCAGGACAGACUGCGCUCUAGACUUUUCCAUCGUCCAUCGCAAUUUGUAAGGCCCAAGUCGCGCCACGGCCUCAGCGCUCCCCGCUAUCAACAAACAACCGUUGCACCCCAACCCAAUUGCAUCGAACCCACCCUCGUCCGUCGACCCAACAGCCGAGCACCACCCAAGCCGAAGCCUGACUAGGGACACUUGCCGACCGCUGCACACCCAUCAACGUUCGCAAACCCGCAAUCGCCGACACCGCCGCCGCCGCCGACUUUCCGUCUCGAGCAGCGCCCUCUCUUCAGGUACCCGAGGAGGAAGGAGGAGGAGGGCGUGCCAGAGUGCCGACGACGCCCGGAUCGCUCGCCCGACACCUGCCGUCUUGCCGGGCAGCCCAGCAAGUAUCGACCCCAUAGCGCCCCGCCAGCAGCUGCGAUUCUUCCCACACCCCGGCCCGGCCCUCGUUGCCGUCGCAAACCACAAGGGACAGACACCCGGCCAGCAUCCCAGCGGCGAGCGAGCCCACGGUCCCCUUCAGCAUGAAUUCGGCCGACGAGGGCUACUCGGAGGCGCCCUUGAACACCUCUGUCACCAAGCCGGCCCGGACGCCCUCGCGCGAGGUCUCCGCCUUGUUGCUGCGUCACAUGUCGGAACUCUCCCUCUCAAAUAAAACCCAACUCGCCAUGGCACUACUCGAAGAGCUGCCCACGAGCGUCAUCGCCGAGAUCGUCGAGGGCUUGAGCUCCAGGCUUUACAUCAACUUCAUCAUGUACCUGCCCGCCGAGAUAUGUCUAAAGAUCCUCGGCUAUCUAGACCCGCUGUCGCUGAUCAACGUCGUCAAGGCCUGUCGCGCCUGGCACAACCUCGCCUCGGACCGAAAGCUCUGGGAGCGCGUCUACUACCGAGAGGGCUGGAAGGCCGCCACAAACGAAGUACAGAUCUGGGAGGAUAAGGUCAACAGCACUGGAAUCAGCGGACCUUCACUUAGCGGACAGCUACGGCGCCUCCGCUCGUCAGAGGACGAUGACGGCCACACGCAUAAGAAACGGAGCAAGGCGAGUCCUCUGCCGGAGACGUCGAGCGGCACAGAGCAUGAUUAUAUUUUGACGGAGAACCCGAUACAAUCCCCGGCCGACGUCGAAAUGGGCGAAGCUAGUCUCUUCGGCGGGCCUGUGGGCCUCUCUGGUGCCCCCAGGACGUGCAUGACCCCAAGUCUCGAUGCCAUGAAUAUGGAUGGCCCAAGCUCAAACUUCGACGCCCGCAGUGGCCUGGGCGCCAGAGCAGUCGACAAGGGCAAAGGAAAGGCUGUCGAGCAACAGGUCGCGAUCCCAACCCCGAUGCUCAGCAAGGAUACGAGUGAGAUUCGGCCCGAGACGCUGCCCGAGAUGUUCCCAGCCGAAGGUUUAAACACGCUGCCCAAGUCAACGCUCUGGACCUGGCAGUCAAACUCGAGCCGGUACAGGCUAAACUGGAAGUACAUGUACUCGACGAGGCACCGCCUGGAGCAGAACUGGGAGAGGGGAAGGUUUGUGAACUUUCAGUUCCCCCACCCGGACCACAUGGAGGAGGGCCACAAUGAGUGCAUCUACAGCUUGCAGUUCAACUCGCGAUAUCUCGUCAGCGGCAGCAGGGACCAUACGAUCCGGAUAUGGGACAUGCAAACGCGCCGCCUAGUGCGUCCGCCCCUGGCCGCCCACAACGGCUCGGUGCUGUGUCUGCAGUUCGACUCGGAUCCGGAGGAGGAUGUGAUCGUGUCGGGCAGCAGCGACUCGGACGUCAUCAUCUGGAAGUUCUCGACCGGGCAGGUGAUCCAGCGCCUCUCACGUGCGCACCACGAAUCGGUUCUCAACGUCAAGUUCGACAAACGGAUCCUGGUCACGUGCUCCAAGGACAAGUCUAUCAAGGUCUUCAACCGCCGGCCCAUGAGCCCUGGGGACCUUGGGUACGGCGAGCCGGGCAAGGUGUACGAGGUUGGAAAGACGAUCAAGGACUACGGCGGCCUAUACGACGGGCUGGAUAAUUUGGCCAUCAAGCCGCCGUACUCGAUGAUCGGCGCGCUCGUGGGCCACAGCGCCGCGGUCAACGCGGUGCAGAUCUGCGGCGACGAGGUGGUGUCGGCUUCGGGAGACAGGAACCUCAAAAUUUGGAAAUGGCCCGCUCAACAGUGCAUCCGCACCUAUAUUGGCCACUCCAAGGGCAUAGCAUGCGUCCAGUACGAUGGGAAGCGUAUCGUCUCGGGCAGCAACGACAACCUGGUCAAGGUGUUUGACCGUCAGACGGGCCUCGAGAUUGCCAGCCUGCGCGGGCACACGGACCUGGUGCGAACCGUCCAGGCCGGAUUCGCGGACCUGCCCUACAGCGACUACGAGGAUCUCCAACAGGCCAAGGAGAUAGACAAGGGCUACUUUGACGCCGUCGUCGCCAAGGCGCAUGCUGGUUUACACUCCAGGGGCAGGCCCAACAAUGCGGGAAGCCGGCGGCCCGAGGACAUCACGGCGUUUGGCGCAAAGCUACCGCCCGGAGGUGGAGGUGGCCAGUACGCAAGAAUCGUGUCCGGGUCGUACGACGAGAGCAUAAUAAUCUGGAGGCGCGACAAGAAGGGCGUAUGGCAGAAGGCACACCACCUCAAGCAGGAGGAUGCAGCCGAGGCAGCGGCGGCCCGCGCCGUAGUACCACCGACCUCGGCUGUGUCCAUGCACCACUCUCUCUCGGCCACUGCCCCCCGAGAAUCCACAAACGCUCCUGCCCAGUCGGCCGAGGACACACUAUCGAUGCUCAGGGCCCAGCGCCACCCAGAUACGGCUGGUCAUGCGUCCUCGUCCAGCGCUCCGUCCCACAACGGUAUGCCGCCGUCAUCAACUUCGAGGCGGCCAAGGAGGGCGGACAGGACAGAGCAAACCGAAGCCCUCACGGCGGCAGCGGCCGGCCCUUCGGACGAGUCGACAGCAAGACGGCCAUCCCCCGAGAGCCGCGACGUCCAAGUCAUCACUUCACCAAUCACGGCUGUGCUGACGCCUACUUCUAUCAACUCGUUCACUGCCAUGAUCGACAUGACAGUACCGCAGGGCGUUUACGCUCUUCAGCAGGCGCUAGCCAACUUCCCCACCCUUCUAGUCCUCCAGCAGCAGCUACAGGCGGCCAUAGACCGUGAGCCAAGUCCGUUCCUGCGCUCCCAGCUAAGACAGGCCGUGAGCGCGGCCGUCGUGCGGACCCAGCUGGCCCAGGCUCGGAACAGGCGCGAGAGCAACAUGCAGAGCACCAGGGACGUACGCCAUGCGGCUCAGUUUGCUACCGCGGCCAGCGGCCAGGAGCAGGGCGCGGCCGGACCGUCAUCAGCAGCCUCGGCAACCGGCUCGACGCGACCACAGCCGACGACGCACAACUCGGCGCCCUCGGCGCUUAGUGUCUCCCGGCCUAGUUCCGGCUCGGGUGCCCGCACAGGCCCGUCCCUCCAGCUUCAGGACACCGGACUCCCGCAAAUGGAUGGGCCGACGAACACCACGUCGGGCUCUGGUAUCAGCGCCGGCUCAAACGCACAUGCACAUGUAAGCGGCGGGCCCCCGCCGGCGCCGACUCAGGCACCCGCGCAGCCGGCGCAGCCCCGGCCGGCGGGCCACGGCCACCACCACCCACACAUGCGAGACGCCGACGAGAGGACGCCGGUGCGGGUGUUCAAGCUGCAGUUCGACGUGCGCCGGAUAGUCUGCUGCAGCCAAACGAGCGUCAUUGUCGGCUGGGACUUUUGCAAUGGCGACCCGGAGCUCGAGGAGGUCUCGCGAUUCUUUGGAACGGUGGAGUAGGCGGGGCAUUAUCUUUGGGGGCUAGAUAGUUAGCCGCCUAAGAAGUUUCGGCGUCCAGCUGUCGUCUUUUUUUUUUAAUUGAUUGUACCUCUACCUUGUCUGCAUUAUGUGAGCAUUUUGGUGGCUGUUUGUGACCCUACCCGUUUAUGGAUGUCUCUCUCCUCCUUUUCAUUCAUUUUGGCAUGACGAGAGGCCUCUUUGGGGGUUGGGGAACCGGAAUUUUCUUCACGACGUGAUGAUGGCUUAAGCAUCACCGGAGCAGCAGUUCUGUUUCACGUGGAGAGCUGUUAUGGCGUAAGAGUAGUGCCUUGCAUAGAUCGGAUGGCAUACGGGUUUUGAAGAGCGUGGGUGCGCGGUUGGUUGGGCGGCGAAGAGAUGUAAAUGUUCAAGGUGGGAGUAACUAUUCGUCCAGCUGCCCUCCUCGUCGUGGUGAAGGCCGUAGUCGGUUGGGUGCGUGACAAUAAAAAUCGCUCCUGCAUAAUCAUAGUAGCAAUAUGAGGUAUGAAUCCUAA